ACACAUUUAUUCAGACUUUCAACAUUCCCAAUCAUGAUGAUCUCGUUCCCUAUUUAGCUUCUAAUGGUGUUUUCAUUCCCUAUCCAAAUCUUAAUCUUUCCAACCACAACAUUCUAGCUCCUCAUCCAGAUCUCAAUCUUUCCAACCACGAGGUUCUUGUUCACCAUUCAUAUCUUAACCUUUCCAAUUAUGAUACUCUCGUUCUCUGUCUAGAUCUCAACCUUUUUAAUUGCAAAGCUCUCAUUCUCUAUCUCGAAUAUGAAGCGGCUGCAUAUAUUUUUGAACGAUCAGAGCUUUUAAAAAUUGCAAAUAAAAUAGCUCAAUAUGAUGGUCUUAAAGAAUCAGAUGAUGAAAAACCUGAAGUUCUCACUCAACAAAAAACUAUAUAA